AUGGAUAAAACCGAAGCUCCAAGGGUGCUCUCAGAAAUUUGUAGAGAGCUCCUUUCUUAUGACGAAGCAAACUAUAGACACGUUCUUGAUACUUAUUUUUCUAGCGAUGCGGCAUUAUCUCAUCCUCUCUUGAAUGUUGUGGGACCGGCCAACAUUCUUAAAGUUUUCCGCGUUUGGACUUCUUUAAAUGCUCAAGAGCCUACUUUAGAGGAAACACCAAUUUUUGAUGGAUACACCGCUGUGUUGAAAGUAAAUCAACAUUUACGUCCUCGAGUUUUACCUUUUAUCCACAUUAAAGUACCUUCCGUCACAACCUUGACAUUUUUCCAAGCAGAUGAUGGAUUGCUUUAUAUUUCUAAUCAGAAAGAUGAUUGGACCCUUGAAGGUCUCAUUCAAAGUGUUCCCUUGGUCAACUGGUGGUAUAAUCACGUAGUUCGUAAAGUUUUGAGUGGUCUUUUUACGCAAGCUGGAUCUUUUCUUGCAUCUGCAAAUCAUGCAACCUCUCAACUACGCGAGAACA